GAUGGCAGUAUAUGAUAACAAAAUUCCAAACAAUUUGUCAAAACAAAACGUUUUGAUAUAUAUAAUGCCUCAAAAGAUACAAAAACGACGCUUAGAAGAUAUGAAGAUAGGUGCUAAAAAGAAAGGGAUACAAAUUUCCCCAAAUUAUUGCUCAUCAGUAACACAUGUUGUCUCAGAGUUCACCAACCUCGAACAAGUAUUAAGAAUUUUAGAAGUUAAAACAGAGGCUGAAAUAAAAGAUCAGCAUAUUGUUAAAACAGUCUGGUUUAUAGAAAGUAUUAAAGCUGGAUAUCCUGUUUCAGUUGAAAUCCAGCACAAAAUACAGUUGAUAAAACCUAGGGAAGAGGAAAAGAAUGUGGAACCUGUGAUACCAGAAUGGGCAUGUCAGAGAGCAACACCAUUUAAACAUUUUAAUGAACAGUUUACUGAACCAUUAGAAAUUUUGGAGAAAUAUGCAGAACUUCGAGAUCAAGAGCAAGACUAUUCUAGAGCACUGGCUUUCAGACGAGCCUCGUGUGUUUUAAAAAGUCUACCAUACAAAGUUACAAAUAUUAGUAGUUUGAAAAAUAUUAAAGAUAUUGGAGGUCACAGUUCAAGGGUCAUAAAGGAAAUAUUAGAAGAUGGCUAUUGUCAAGAAGUAGAAGAUAUUGUAAAUGAUCCCUGGUUUCAUAAGAUGAAGCUGUUUAGUAGUAUAUUUGGUGUUGGACCAUCAACAGCUAAAAAAUGGAUUGAGAAAGGUUGGAAUAAUUUAAAAGAUAUAAACAUUGAAGAUUUACGGAAUGAUUGGAGAGUUAUUUGGGGUGUAGCAUUUCAUGAAGAGUUAAUGGACUCUGUGUCUCGUACAGAAGCUGAUGUUUUUGCACAAAUUGUUUGUGAAGAAGCUGAGAAAAUAUUACCUGGUGUUUGUGUUGUGUUGACUGGUGGCUUUAGAAGAGGUAAACCAAUUGGCCAUGAUGUAGAUUUAUUGUUGACCCAUCCAGAUCUAGGCAGUGAAACAGGACUUUUAGCAACUUUGUUACAAAGACUGGAAGAGAAAGAAUUAAUAUUAUGUGGUAAUCAUGAACGAUCCAGUUUUUCACCAGAAGUCUAUCAAAGAGAUUUUAAAUUAAGCAUGAGAGGACAGUUAGAUCAUUUUGAAAAGUGGUUAGGAAUUUGUAAAUUUCCAAAAACUUUCAUUGAGGGGUGUUCAGACAUUCUUACUAAAAUUAAUGUAGCUACAAAAUCAGUAAUUAAAGGCUCAUUGGAUGACUGUGAAGAACCAAAGGUCAAAUUAAGGAAACUCACAUCUAAAACUUUAUCACCAGUUGAUAUUUUCAAAUCUACCAGAGAUUGGAAAGCAAGAAGGGUGGACCUGAUUAUCUCCCCUUAUGAUCAGUAUUAUUACGCUCUUGUUGGUUGGACUGGGAAUAAACAUUUUAAUCGUGAUUUAAGACUUUAUUCACAGAGAGUGUUAAAUAUGAAACUGACAAGUCAUGGUUUAUAUGAUCUAUCAAAGAAUGUGACUGUUCCUGCAUCCAGUGAGAAAGAAGUGUUUGAAAAUCUUAAUCUAACCUUUCGUGAGCCUUCUGACAGGAACUGUUGAGAUUGAAAUUUAAGCAAGGAUUUUGAUUCCAGUGAGAUUCAAAAUCUCAAAUGCACAGGCUUCACUAUAACAAUGAAACUGGAAUAAGGCUAUGUCAAAGUGCCAGUAUAACAAGAAUCACAAUGAAAGCUAAAAGAGGAACUUGGUUUAUUGUUUUGUUGUUGACGACUUCACUUAGUGAUAUUUUAUUUUGUAACUUAUAAAUCUAUAUUUUUAUUGUUUUUUGUUUUUUUAUUUCUUACACAUAAUUUUUAUUUUUGAUUUUAUCAAAGUUAAAAUACAGUUUAUUUUCAAUAGUU